AGGGAGAGGAAGGGAGGGACAGCAGAAUACUCUGGUUCUGCGAGAGAUGGUUCCCGUCCCCUGGGGUUGCUGCUGGAGCUGGAGCAAGCUCGCGAGGGAAAAAGUGCGUUGCCGGUCGACGCUCGAGCGAGACGAAGAGGAAGAGGCAGAAGACGAAGAAGAGCAGAAUGCCAUGUGAUGACGAACACACGACGAAGAAUCGGAGCAUCCGUAUAUCUGGAGCACGGCCAGCAGCACGAGGACGGAGGGAUUUAGAUUUUGAUUCGGUUCUCCGAUUGAGGAUCGUCGGUGCGGGUGGCGGAGGAGGUGCGGUCGAGGACGAGGACGAGGACGAGGAAUGGGACCGAUGUGGCUCGAGGCAAGAAGAAGGUACUGCUGUGCUUGGGGUGGUCUUGAUCUUUUGGGAUUCUGUUCGCUCCUCGCCAAGCAAUGUCGAAAACCGCUCUCAGGAGCACAAGCGGCAGGCUAGAUCCGCAUUUUGGACAUACUUUGAAUGCAUGGCUUCCGAGUCUGGACACAGACAAUGUGACAAGAGUAUACAGGCAAAAGAACUUUAGUGUACGUUCCAGACGGAAUUUGCAUAUUGGAUGAUGGGCGUACGACAGCGUCAACGGUUACCGGCAGGGAUGGUACACCUGUAGGGUGUAAGAAGUACCGUUAGAGGGGAGUCAUGACAGGUUCAGUGAUGGCCUCCUCUUUGAGAUUGAUGCUUAGAGGUGUGAAUGAGGCCCCAGACGAGCUUGAAGAAUUGCUCGUGCGUUCCUAUCUUAGUGUUCAGGGUCAGCUUACCCCUCCGUACCACCUCUCCACUGUCUCUCCUGCGCAGCAUGCACAACUUACGCAGGCACUCCUAUUCGGCAUCUUACAAAACCCAUCUGCGGCUCCCUCUCAUGUCACUCACCUCACAGCUUUCACUACGGAUGGAUAUGCUUCAUUUGUGUCCAUACUUCUCCGUAUGGUCAAUGAUUCUUAUGGCAAGUUGUUGGAACAAAGCCGCACACAGAUGCUGUGGUUGUUGAAGAAGUUGAUCACCCUGAGUGCAUCCGAUGUGGACAACCUGUGUCUAUCACUGUUGAGACAGGUGGCCGGGGGUGAUGUGAGUGCUGGCAAUGUCUGGCUUGCUGCUGAGCUCUUACAGAUCAUGAAAGGCAAUUGGAGCUGGUUCAGUGGGAUCCCAGCUUUGUUUACCACAGCUCUCUAUACGUACUUGCGCCUCCUUCCUGAUCACACCGUGGCGAAGGGUCCAAAUAUCAGUGACUUGAAGGUUAAUGAGACGGCCUUUUGUAUACAAAUACUGAGAGAGCGGUUCCAGGAUUGUCUUGUGAUAGGGAGAGACUUGGUGCGACUUCUUCAGGAUGUAGCUUUAUUUCCCGAAUUUGAGCCUAUCUGGAGAGAUCUGUUGAACAAUCCUGGAGCUGCCUUCAAAGCCCCAGCCUUUGCAGAUAUUGCUCAGCUCUAUGUCGUCCGGACUCCUACCCGUUAUUUAGCAUCGAGGGUUACACCAGAGAUGGAGAACCAACUACGAUUUAUGCUCACUCAUGUGAAGAUGGGAAGUCAGAGACGCUAUCAAACAUGGUUUGCCCAGAGGUUUUUGUCUACACCUGAGAGUGAAACUCUCGUUCCUGACCUGAUUCGCUUCAUCUGUUGCGUCCACCAUCCAACCAAUCAGAUUCUUCAGUCAGAUAUAGUCCCUCGGUGGGCCAUUGUGGGAUGGCUGCUGAAGUGCUGCAAGAGCAACCACGUCGAGUCUAACGCAAAGCUCGCUCUCUUUUAUGACUGGUUAUUUUUCAUGAGCAAGACUGACAACAUAAUGAACAUCGAACCUGCCAUCCUCCUGAUGGUUUAUUCUAUACCCAAAUAUGUGGACAUGACUCACGCACUCCUCGAGUUCCUCUUUCUUUUGAUAGAACAUUACGAUCCUGUGAGGAAGGACCUGAUACAGAAGGGAGUGACCUCAUCGAUUGAUAUCUUAGUUAACAAGCGUGUCGUGCCAUCCCUAGAUGGCCUCAGCGCGUCACCCUUUGUUGCUUCAUGGCUUAAAGAUAAAUUGAACUUUUACUUCGCCCCUUACUGUAAGACCGACCCGACUGAUGGUUACAAGAUGACGAGGGGUGAUCAUUUUCACCAAGAAUCUUCAUACGACAGUGUCCAACAGCAAAUGAUUGGCCCCAGCAGUAAGGGAUCUCCGGGCUCUCCCAGUAGAGACCUUUAUGGAGGUGGUGGAAGCAGUGAUCAGACACUGACAGGCCAAAACCAGAGCUUGGACAUCACGGAGGAUACCAAACCUGGCGAGACGGACACGACGAACAGGAAGCGGAGGCGGCUGGGUGUCUCGGAGAGUCUCCACCUUGAAGUGCAACUGAACUUUGAGAGGCUCACAGAGGCCCUGAAAAGAUCUCAGGAGGCCGCCAUUAGUGCUCUAGAGAAACUUUUUAGUUUGUUCCUGUCUGCGCCAGAUCAGAUUUUCGGGGACAGGGUUCUGAAAGACAGUUCGUUAACCAGGAGUGCAUCAAGUGGCGACUUAUCGUCGGCAGGAGCAGGGAAUGCUGGUGGAGACCCUGCAUCUACUACAAUUGCCAAGUUUGCCAGUCAGAUCACCGAAGUGUUGAAGAAGGGUGGUUAUGAGCUGUUUGGGCCUCUGCCGAAACUUCCCUCUGAUCGACCCGAUGGUGAUGAGACAAGUUCUCUAACGUCGUCUCUGCUUCGGUUCUAUGUGGCCAAUUGCAGGAGCCAGCCCCUCCUACGUCAGUUGCUGUACUGUUGGCACAAGGAAGGGCUGGCCGUAGGAGCGCGGUUGUUGUGCUACGUUUCCAGACUGGCAGAGGAGAUUGAGCCCACGGCAACUAGAAGUCGACUUGCUAAGUCUCCAGGUGGAGGGCAGGAUUUCGAUAUUCUAGUUUCCAGUAAGACUGAGGACGACACGUACGAUGCGGGUAUGAACGGUGAUGGGGACGAAGAAGGAGAAUUUACAGAGAGCUCUGGAGAGAGUGUUAGGGAACCUAGAAAGAAUGGUCUUACAGGGUCGACCACAAAGAUUCACGGAAACUCGAAUUCUGCGGCCAGGAAAGGAAGUAGGUCUAGAGAUUUGCAGAUGGGGGGAGACAUCGAUGGACGGCUCCGUGUUGGAGUGUCAGAUGCUUUCAAGACCUAUGAAGAGUUUUUGAAACUCACGAGCAAAGGAACCUCGACGACUGUACAGACGGAAAACAAUGGCGCAGGCCCUCAACAUCAGGGCUUGCAAAAUUGUACUGUGGAGGGAAGUGUGAAAGUCGAAUCUGGAGAUGUCGAAGCUGAUAAUAUGGAUGUAGAAUUAUUGUCUGAUUUAGAAUUGUGCCUCCUCUGGAACACCAAAAGGUUUUUGAGAGUUCUGCCCUCAGUCUUUCGCUAUCUUCCUAAUUUGGCCGUGGGGAAGGACAGUAUUCUACAGCUGUUGGUCUCCACUAUAGAUCCGCAGGACCUUUGCAGUUUCGAAUUUAAGUUAGUACUUGGCGAAUUUGCCAUUCUAGGUGAUCAUCAGGAGGUACUGCUCCGAUGUAUAAAGAACUCCUUAAAGUGGGAGUUUAUCGAGCAGCAAUUUUUUUGGAGGUUACUGGUAGCUGAGCUGCAAGGUGCUUCCCCUGCUGUCAUUCUGCAGGUGCUGAAGAUAUGUUCUAGUACACUCAAUCCUCAAAGCAAUUCAGAGGCGAUGUCAGGCCUUCUGCUCCUACUGAGAUAUCACCUGCCCACUUCCCAGCUUGUUAAUGCAGUUCUCUUUCUCCCUCCUGCCUUUGGAAAGUUUGCAGCUGUGGUGAUUUCAAGCUGGAUGUCAUCCCACCACAGUCAACUGCUUGCUUGUCUGCAGACUCUGAACAACUCAAGUGUGAAGGAAAGACUGAAGAAAGGAGGAGAGGAAGGGGAAGAUGUGAGCAAUGGUGUAAGGAGAUUUAGCAGCUCCGCUGUGGUUGUGCUGCUGAACGCAAUGGAUGAUGCCGAUUACAUUAGAAACAACGCAGACGAGAAAUCUGCCAGGCAAACUCGUGCUGCGGAGAUCAGACGUGCCCUUUUGAAGUUGGCCGGUGCUCAUGGUUUUGCGGGCAUGAACACGAUACAGGGAACCACAGAUUCAGCCAUCGAGAAUCACCAAGAUAGAAAAAUGACCUCUUGAAGACUCUGAACCCUUCAAUUAGCUCUAUUUUCUCCUACAUCGAUUCAUUGCCAUGUGCACGAUGGUGGUAUGUGAUGAAGAGGUAGCCAACGUGCAAGUUAGUUUAGCUGGAGAAACAUGCUCUCGUGACUGCAAGGUACCGGGGCAAAUCCGACGGGCAGCAAAAAGUGCCAUCAGCUCUGUAAAGAGAAGGUCAUUUCUACGCUGGAAGUGCUGCCUCUCAGGUGUGUGAACAACGUCAAUCCAACCCUAGCCGGGAGCUGCUCAUAAAGGCUGCAAAGUUGGAGCAGUCUCUUUUCGAAGUGCAGUUUUGCACGCAAGGUUAUUGUCAAAGGUGAUUUGGCCGUGCUCUACCUGCGAUGCAUAUCUCUUUACUGUCGAAGUUGAAGUCCUGGGCAGCGCUUGCGCAAAUCGAAAUUGUCGAGUGUGCUGAAGAACUUGGCGAAAUGAACGGAGAAUAGUGAUUGCAUUUACGAUCAUGACGAGUUUGAAGGUGAAGGCAAGGAGAAUCGUCAUUCAAUCACGAUGUAUAGAAUACAAAGGCCGGCGGUAUGAACCCUGGCUGGCAACUCGGAUUUUCGUGUGUCAACAUGAAUGCAGAACAGGAGUAUCACACUAGUGGGUCAUAGUCAGAGUUCCACGGGAUGAGACCUGAGGAGCACAAAUCGUGGCAGCUAUACAAUGAAUGAUCUACCAGAAGAUGGGGGCUUGGAUGUAGACCGAUUGAUGUACUUAUACCAACUUUAUGAAAGAAAAUUUUUUUAAAGCC